CUGCGCUCUAAACCACGCCCCCUUAGGUCACAUGUCACACAACCACGCCCCUCCGCCUUUUUUUCCCCACACUCUAAACUACGCCGCCCACAGUCACGUAUCAACAUGGCGACGUGCGGAAGUACGGGGCAAAGCAAGAGACCUAUUUAUACUUUUUGUUUGGUUGUGUUCAUUCAGCUGUUGUUCAAUGGGUGCUUUUCAGCUCCACUCAACGAGACUACAAAAGGGACGGAGAACGUAACCCAGAGUUUAACCACUCUGAGUCAAGGAACCGGCGGAAUGGAUAACGCUUCAGCUGAGCAGAGUGAAACGACGAAAAAGGCCCCACCAACAUUGCUGGCUGGCAAUGAGUCCACAGCGGCCAAAGCUACAGACAACAACGCCUCAGCAGGCACUCCUCCAAAAGAAUCACCGGAGUCUGUGAAAACAGACUCCAUCACCGUAAUUGCGUCCUCUGCUGACAUACCACCAAAAGACCCUGCCGUUAAUGACACCAUAAAAGCACCUAGCGGUAAAACAUCGGGCGAUCCGGCCCCCUCGCAAGUUCCUCCUGCACAGGCGUCCUCGAAUUGCUCGACGGCAGCCCCCGCCACCACCGCCGCCCCCGCCGCGCCGCUCAAAACGGACAAACCCGCCACCGCCGAGUCCAAAGUGACCGACCCCGGUCUGAAAAACCCAAACACGCCCAGCCCGCUCGCGGUGCAGAGCACCGAGUCCGACCCGCCGCAGACCACCGACCAGAGGUCAGACGGCGACGUCAGCUACUACGGGGACGACGAGGACACGUACAUGAGCAACGACGACAUCGACGGCAAGCCCGAGAGAACGGACGAGGGCUUCGACCAAGUGGAGGACAAGCAGCGCGUGGAGGAGAUGGAGGUGACCCGGUACAAGGGAGCGGACGUCUACAACUCGGAGGACGAGGACUCGCAUUUCUUCUUCCACUUGAUCAUCCUGGCCUUCCUGGUUGCCAUUGUCUAUAUCACAUAUCACAACAAGAGGAAGAUCCUCCUGCUGGUACAGAGCAAGCGGUGGAAGGACGGUUUAUGCUCUCACAACACCGUGGAGUAUCACCGCCUGGACCAGAACGUCCACGAGGCCAUGCCGUCCCUGAAGAUGACCCGAGACUACAUUUUCUGA